UUUGACAGCUACAGAUCUUGGUUGUCAAACAGCUGUCAUGAUCCGGCAUCACAAAAAAGCAGAAUAACAACAAAACGUGGUCGCCAAAGCAGUGCCGCGUUCUUACCGCAACAAGUUUUUGUAAUAAAUUAGAAGAAAAUCGUUUAAAAUGUCGAGCAGCGAUAGCGAUAGUGAUGUGGAGAUGGCACCCAAACCGUCUACCUCGAAAGUGGAAGCAAAGAAAAAAGGAGACGGUGCAAAGCCUAAACGAAAACGGCUGCAGGACUACCUGGAUGAGAAGGCAGCCCGUGAGGUUGCAGAGCGCGCGGAAGAGUUGCUACGUUUACGCCGUCGCCGGGGCCUGGCAGACGACGAAGAAGAUCCCCAGGAGACUACGUUUCCCGUGAUUAAUCCGAUAAACUUUGUGAAGAACAAAGAAAUUCGUCACAACCGUUUCAAGCGGCUUCAGGGCGCCAAGCGAAAGGAGGAAAAGGCUGCCAAGAAGACACGGAAGCUGGAAGGCAAACCGUCCGUUCCGCAGCAUACGAUUGAAACUCUCCGCGAGAAGGAUGAGACGACCGUUACCAACAUCGAGGGCGAGGAUCAGGAGGAAGUGUUGAACGAUCUGGCAAACGAUGAGUUUUGCGAGUACUACAAGAAGAGCUACACACCGCGGGUGAUGAUAACGUUCAAUGCAACGCCGCACCACGUUACGCGCCAGUUCGCUUCUCUGUUGCGUCGAAUGAUUCCAAACGCGUCCACCUUCAGACGUAACAAAACGCAGCUGAAACGGGUGUGCAAGAGCGCCAUUCGGGAAAACUUCACGGACAUUCUGGUAGUGAACGAGAACAGGAAAAAACCAGAGGGCUUACUGCUCAUUCAUCUGCCCGACGGACCCACGGCACACUUCAAAAUAAGCAAUUUCAAGGAUUUGAAGGAUUUGAAGCGUAAAGAGACGGACAUUACGACACAUCGGCCGGAGGUGAUUUUGAACAACUUUACCACCCGGUUGGGAUUAACCAUAGGGCGUAUGCUAGGCGCUCUCUUCCACUACGAUCCAGAGUUCCGUGGGCGACGAGCGGUCACUUUUCACAAUCAGCGAGACUACAUUUUCUUCCGGCAUCAUCUGUACGAGUUCGAUAAGAACGGCAAGCGGGUUAAACUGCGUGAGCUAGGGCCUCGGUUCACGCUCAAGUUGCGAUCCCUGCAGGUGGGACUGUACGAUGGUAAAUGUGGUGAUUAUGAAUGGAUGAUUACUAACAAACGUCACCAGAUGGAAAACCGACGACGAUUCUUCUUAUAAAAUAAAACAUUUCUCACUUACUACAUGGAAACUA